AACGUCCAACACAAAAGUACGACAUCGUUUUAUACGAAUACUGACCGGAGAGAUUCUGGGUCGCCUGCGCUGCUACAACACACUGAGUAAUUCCAAAUCAAAUGCAAAUCUGCCAUUGAUUUUGAUACAUCAUCAUCAAUCACGCCCCACGACGCUAAAACGAAGAUGAGGAAACGCGAUUUGGCUAUCCUGAUGCUCUCUGGAUUUGCUAUCUUCUUCACUCUUCAGCACGAGGGAGAUUUCGCGUUCAAAGAAGCAUGGUUCCAUCUGUACGAUGAUUACCCAGUCAAACACGAAUCCGAUCGUCUCCCACCUCCUCUCGUAGCCGAUCUUAACGGCGAUGGCAAGAAGGAGGUCCUCGUCGCUACAAACGAUGCCAAAAUUCAGGUCCUGGAGCCACACUCCAGGCGUGUGGAUGAAGGUUUCAGUGAAGCACGUGUUCUUGCUGAGAUCUCCCUUUUACCUGAUAAGAUCCGUGUUGCCUCCGGGAGACGCGCUGUGGCCAUGGCCACUGGUGUUAUUGAUAGGUAUUAUAAAGAUGGGACACCUCAGAAGCAGGUUUUGGUUGUUGUUACCUCUGGUUGGUCUGUCCUCUGCUUUGAUCACAACCUCAAAAAGCUCUGGGAAACUAAUCUUCAGGAGGAUUUUCCACAUAACGCCCACCAUAGAGAGAUUUCAAUUUCGAUAAGCAAUUACACGUUGAAGCACGGUGAUACUGGUUUGGUUAUUGUUGGUGGAAGGAUGGAGAUGCAGCCUUAUAAUCAUAUGGACCCAUUUGAGGAACUCGGCAUUAAUGAACAAAAUGCUGAGCAACACAGAAGAAGUGCUACUGAGAAACAGCCCACUGAAGAUUCUGGAGGUGUAAACUUGCGUCACUUUUCCGUUUAUGCAUUCGCUGGCCGGACUGGUGUUCUUCGAUGGAGUAAAAAGACUGAUGAUGUUGAAGCUCACACGUCAGAUGCGUCACAAUUAGUUCCCCAACACAAUUACAAGCUAGACGUGCAUUCUAUAAAUAGCCGUCACCCUGGAGAGUUUGAAUGCAGGGAAUUUAGAGAAUCAAUUCUUGGUGUUAUGCCUCAUCACUGGGACCGACGGGAAGAUACAUUGUUGAAGCUUGCUCAUUUCAGGCGACACAAGAGGAAAACGUUGAAGAAACAAGCUGGUAAGUCUGCAACGUUUCCGUUUCACAAACCUGAAGAACACACACCAGCUGGAAAGGACUUGUCGAGAAAGAUUCCUAAAUUGAUUGGGAAGGCUGCACGCUAUGCUGGCUCGGCAAAGCCCAAGAAGGUGAAAGCUCUUAUAAAACCAAAACACAUAUUGAUGCAGGGCAUGCAAUACAUACCGACUAUAACUAACUACACUAAGCUUUGGUGGGUUCCCAAUGUUGUUGUGGCUCACCAAAAAGAAGGAAUUGAAGCUAUUCAUUUGCCUACUGGUCGAACUCUUUGCAAGCUUCAUCUGCUCGAAGGUGGGCUUCACGCCGACAUUAACGGAGAUGGUGUACUCGAUCAUGUCCAGGCUGUCGGAGGCAAUGUGGGAGAGAGAACUGUAGUUAGCGGAUCAAUGGAAGUAUUGAAACCUUGCUGGGCAGUGGCAACCUCAGGCGUUCCCGUCCGAGAACAGCUCUUCAACGUCUCGAUCUGCCAUCACGCCCCCUUCAACUUCAUGCACUACGGAGAGUUUUCACGAAACUUUGCUCAGGCAAGAGACACAUCCUCUUUGGAGAUUGCAACUCCCAUUCUCAUCCCCAGAGAUGACGGUCAUAGACAAAGAAGAGGAAGUCGCGGAGAUGUAAUCUUCUUGACAAAUCGUGGAGAGGUGACAUCAUACACGCCUGAUGUGCACGGCCGCGAGCCGCUCUGGCAAUGGCAGCUUCAGACAGAAGCCACAUGGUCAAAUCUCCCAUCUCCAUCUGGUUUAACUGAGUCAGGGACAGUGGUCCCAACCCUGAAACCAUUCUCGCUACGCAUUCAUGAUAAUCAGCCUAUGGUCCUUGCCGGAGGAGAUCAAGCGGCAGUCAUCAUAUCUCCAGGAGGAAGCGUAUUGGCUUCCAUCGAGUUACCGUCACAGCCGACUCAUGCACUCAUCACUGAUGACUUCUCUAACGACGGAUUAACGGAUGUGAUUGUGAUGACAUCAAACGGGAUAUACGGGUUCGUUCAGACCAGACAGCCAGGAGCUCUGUUCUUCAGUUCGUUGGUGGGAUGUAUCUUAGUAGUAAUGGCAGUUAUCUUCGUUACUCAGCACUUAAACUCCGUUAAAGGUAAGCCUCGGCCUUCCUCUAGCUUUUGAUAAAUAAAACCUCAGAAGUGGGGUUUUCUUCCUCUCUACGGAAGUUGAACCGGUCCCAUCAGGGGCGGCGUUUACGCUCACCGGUUUGGUAUACCGGAGUAGAUUCAGUGUUUCAGCUUUGUAAUUUUAUUAUUAUAUAUAUAAUUACAGAAUUCUAUUAAGUGAAAAUGGUAGAGGCGAAUGUUAGGACUUUUUCUUGUUUCUCUCAGUUUUAAUGUUUAUUAAGUUGCAAGUGUUACUGUGACCUUUAUUUAAUCAAGAGUUUUUUUUCUAAA